GUGGUUUUGUUUUCAUGUUUGGUCCUCCGCCGUUGGCCUCCUCGGUGUCAAGCAAACGGGUUUGUAUCGUUAAUUUAAUCGACACCUGCGACAACAAACCAUUUAAACGAGGAUUUAGUUUUACCCACGACAAAAGGAUGGGCGUAGCGGAACACCUGGCUUCUUGUUAACGUAUUUUGCGCGGACUGACACGGUGAUGUUGGCUCCAUCUGAUAAACUGGUUCAGGUUGAGUUUUCUGUGUGACAGGAAUGAAUACAUAUCUGCAACAAGCGUUGAUAGCUAUUUUAAAAGUCAGCAUCUCAUUGCCUUGCUAUCAAGAUUUCCCAUACAGAUUUUCAAAUGAAAAUGGAGGAUAUGCCCCUGUCAGGCCCAGACAACACCAAGCUGGAGGCCUUGGUCCAUGACAUCUACUCUGAGCUGGUGGAAGAUGCCUGUUUGGGCCUGUGUUUUGAGGUACAUCGUGCUGUGAAACAGGGCUAUUUCUUCUUGGAUGAAACAGACCAAGACAGCAUGAAGGAAUUUGAAAUUGUCGAUCAGCCAGGAGUGGAUAUAUUUGGCCAAGUGUACAAUCAGUGGAAAAACAAAGAGUGUGAAUGCCCGAACUGCAAAAGAUUAAUAGCCGCUUCUCGCUUCGCCCCGCACUUGGAGAAAUGUCUCGGCAUGGGACGCAACAGCAGUCGCAUCGCCAACCGCAGGCUAGCCAGCAAUAAUAACAUGAGCAAAUCAGAGAGUGAUCAGGAAGACAACGAUGACCUUAAUGAUAAUGACUGGUCGUAUGGGGCAGAAAAAAAAGCCAAGAAAAGGAAGUCAGAUAAGAAUCAAAAUUCCCCAAGAAGAUCCAAAUCUAUCAAACAUAAAAAUGGCGAGCUUGGGAGCAGCGUCAGUUCAGAGCCUUACAAGUACAACUAUAACACUGGCAUCAGUUAUGAAACUUUAGGCCCUGAUGAAGUCAGAUCCCUUUUAACAACGCAAUGUGGGGUGAUCUCCGAGCACACCAAGAAGAUGUGUACCAGGUCUCAGCGAUGUCCCCAGCACACGGACGAACAGAGGAGGGCCGUCAGGGUGUUCCUCCUGGGGCCGUCCGCGCCAUCGCUGCCUGAUGCAGACGCUGUGGUGGAGAGCAACAGCUUUGACAUUCCAGAUGGACAGACCCUGAUGAGCCGCCUGCAGUGGGAAGACUCCCCUGAUAUUUCACCCACCGACUCUGCCUCAUCUAAAGCCAGCACCAACCAUUCAGAUUCUAGGAAGCCCAAGAAAAAGAAGAGGACGUCUCUUGGUUUGAACAGUGGAGGAGGAGGAGGAGGAGGUCUUACCGGAGGAGGCAGCAGCAGCAGCAGCUGUCAGAGUAACAUCAGCCUAUCAGCCAAGAAAAAGAGGCCAAAACUCUCAGCACCUUCUAUUUCCAGUAUUUAUGAUGACUUAAACUAGCUUCAGACCAGCUCUUGCCUCAUUGUUAGAUCCCUCCUUUCAUACCUACAUUUAAAUAACCUGAUCAGGAUGGGAUGAAACUUGACUUAGGAGUGCUUAUUCAUUUAGCCUUGUUAAGUUCAGCAAUUUAAUGAACAUUUCUCUUUCUGUAUUAUGAACACUGUUCUAAAAAAAAUUUAGUAUCUCCAGGAACAUAUUGUGAAAAACAAUGUACACCUUCUGCUCAUUGUAGUCAUGUCAGACAGUUCGGUCUACACAGACAGCUCACAAGUUGUAAAUGCAGUGACGCCUGAAUCAGACAGCGUGUCACUGUUAUUCUAUAUGGUCAAAAGUAUGUGGACACACAUGAACAUAACCCCAAUACAUAAUUGUUGAACAUGCCAUUCCAGAGUUUGCAGUUGGGACUCUGGGGACUUGUUAUGUUUAAAAAGGAAGCGGCCUUUCUCAAACUGUUGACACAACAUUAUAAGCACACUAUUAGCUAAAGGAUCAUUGCAUGCUGUAGAAUUAAGAUUACUUUUAAUUGGAACUAAGGGGCAUAUCGCCAACCAUGAAACAGUCCCAGACUUUAAGUAUACAAAGAUAUAUAGACUGGGGGUGUCUACCAUACCAUACAUUCUUGACCAUAUGGUUUAAGCAGCUCUAGGAUUUGUCUGAAAUGACACCGCCACAACAGUCUUGUUUCUGAUGUUCAGCUCAAGUCGAGUUUUUUUCAAAGUCACAAAUUAAAACUGGGCUGUACGAUACAAUAGGAAUAACGUGAAUUUUAUUUUAUGGUGGAAAGACACCAUGAAUGGCCUUUUUCACAACAGCUAUUUUGACAUGACAUUGCAGCAAAAAACACAGGUGUCAUUAAUAUUAUUAAGGGCUUCACUCCAUUUAGUUUUCCUAAUUAUAGGGCCCUGUCACUGUGAGCAUGCCUGCUCACUAACUGACCGUUAACUUAAAUGAAACAUGGCCUUUAAUAACAGAAUUUUUUGCACCUGUGCCUUACGUGCUGUGACAAGUCAAAAUAUCUGCUGUAAAAAGGAAUUUAGUAUGCUUUUAUAAUUUAUUCAUCCUAUUUUGGAAGUUAAAUGCAAACAUAUCUCAGAAAUUACUACUUUGAAGUUAAAGACUUACUUUUAUUUUUUGUUAUAGUCAGAAAAUAUUUUUUGUUGGCUCCAGACUUUUUCGUCAAAGCAUGGAAAGGUUCAAGUCUUACAUUUGGCUUUAUGAAACCUUCAGGUACUCUGUCAUUGUUGGCGAUCCUGUGGCCUGUCGAUCAUUUAACUUGGUUUUGAGUAGAUGCGUGAGCUUCAACUGCUUUCAGUUCGACACUUGACACACUGGUUUACUGGAGUACUUAUCAGUGGCUUUUUAAUUCUCGCAUUGUAUUGCACAGUUGUGUGUGAGUGCCUCUGUAUGCUGACUUGCAUUUAGUCACUUUUUCGUGUAGUGUGUGUGUAUGUGUAUGUGUGUGUGUGUCUGUGUGUAAUCAUAUUUUCAUAAAACUAUGCAUCCUAUAAUGUGACAUUUUUGUGAAAGUAUGUGUGCCAUUUUAAAUAUUUAACUUUUUUGUUUACAUUAACAAUAUAUUUAAGUUCACUACCUAUGAAGUGAUACUGUGUGUAUAUAUGUGUAUUAUUUGUGUGUAAAUGCAGAUUUUUGGUAUUUGAUGAGCCAGUAGGCUUUUGGGGCACAUGUGUACAGUACAUGUAUGUAUGACUCACAUUGUGCUGAUGGAAAAGUAAUCAUGAAUCCAACUUAACUUUCUUUCCGUGUCGUGUCUUGUGUAGUUUCAGCUAAUAGAAAACAUCAUACGUUAAAGGGUAACUAAUGUAUUUUUCAACCUGGAGCUUAUUUUCCCAUAUUUAUGUGUCUGUGACUAAUUCGUCCAACAUUUUUUGAAAUUGGUCCAGUAUUGAGCCAGCGCGCUGCAGUCGGUAGCAGCAACACGGUUGCAGCAUAAUCCUUGCAAUAGCACCUUGAGAUUUGCUUCAGAUGUAAAGUGCAUUACAAAUAAAAUAUAUUAUUAUUGCGCUUGGUCAAUGUACGUCCACUGAAGUGCUUGUUUUUGCCACUGACAGUCAACUUUGUGGAAAGGAUCCCCAUUUCUUUUUGCGCAGUUGCCCGCAAGAAUUAAAUUGCAGCCCGGUUUCACUGCUGCCGACUGCAGCAUGCUCACUCAAUACUGGAGCAAUUUGAAAAAAAUUUUCUUAAUUAGUCCUACAGACACAAAAACAUGGGAAGUAAGGGUUCAGGUUGGAUAAUGCUUUUAAAAAGUUACCCUUUAAGUAGAUUGGUGCUGCAGUUCUGCUUGUCAUUCAUGAUCAUGAGUGACAAGUGCCUCUUGUAAGCCUAUAACCAACAAUGUCAAAUGUAAAAGUUGUAAGAUAUAUAAUACAUGCUUCAGAGGUCGGAUGCACUAUAUCACUAAUCUUGUACUUCACAGUUUGUUUUUUCUUAUAAAUUGGCUUUAUAAAUGUGAACUGUACUGUUACAGUUAUUAUCAUAACUGGGUGCAUAGUCAGGACAUGGCUAUUAAAACUGAAGGACUGAAAAUUAUUGGGGGGUAGAGGAGCUCAGAAAAGGAGGGGUUAAGGUGCCAGUGUACUCCAUCAGAAGUGCUUGUCGGAUGGUUGUAUAGCUUCAAAAACCCCCUUCCCCAAUACUUUUUCUCAAAUCUGUUUCUGUCCAGGUGUGUAGUGACUUUGAACAUGCACUUUUGAAUCUUUUCCAGUAAAGUCUUAAAUAAACUGUUAUUGAGAUAUUUUGGUUGGUAUGAUUAGAUUCUUAAGCCACCUUUUGUGGAUAAAGCUAGCAGCUGAUGUUCUCUUGUGGCUCUCUUGUGUAUCUGUGUGCAGUACGAGUGCAAAAUAUGAAUGCAAUGGUGUGGGUUUUCAAUACAUCAUGAACAAGCACAAAUCUGUGGAUGUGUGAAUGACUGUUGUACAUGAUGUGAUACAUAAAUUGCUUGUCUUCACUGUCAUGCUUAAAGUGUCUGUAUAUAAAUAAACACGAAUGCUACCUA